AUGACCGCUGAACCCUCCCCUGCGGAGGACAUAUCCGCCGCCGAAGCGCAGUCAAAGGCCAAAAUCCCCCGCGUACCUGAGAGAUGGCUGUCUCGAAUCGCAAACUGGGGCGUUGAGCUCCGCGGUGUUGCUCCUGUUCCCAUUGAGGAGCGGACAGAUACCCGGUUUAUCAAUGUAUUCUUUGUUUGGUUUACGCUGAGCACGAAUUUACUGCCGAUCAUCACCGGCAUGGUAGGCACGUUCGUCAUGGGCAUGAGUCUGCGCGAUGCGGCUUUGGUUAUCCUCUUCUUCAACGUGCUCUGCACCAUUCCCCCGGCGUACUUUAGUACUUUCGGUUCACGGACAGGGUUACGGCAGAUGCUUCACGCUCGAUUUACAUUUGGAUACUAUCUGGUGUCCAUCAUCGUUGCGCUGAAUCUUUGCACGAUUGCCGGCUUCGGCGUCGUGUCCUGCGUACUCGGCGGAUCAACCCUCUCAGCUGUCUCUGACGGCAGCAUUGACGACACCGCUGGCAUCGUUGUCAUUGGCGUCUGCGGGAUGGUGGUCUCCUUUGGCGGGUACAAAUUUCUGCACCAGUAUGAGCGGUAUUGCUGGCUGUUCGCGCUUGUUGCAAUAGUCAUUGCCACCGGUGUCGGUGGAAGCAAUCUCUCAGCACAAACACCGACUGUACCACCAACGGCCGCGACGGUGCUUUCAUUCGGGGGUGUCAUUGCUGGAUUUCUGAUCCCAUGGGCUGGCAUGGCCGCUGACUUCAGCGUCUACUGCGUCCCCACCGUGUCGACAACCCGUAUAUUUGCCUACACAUACCUAGGCCUCUUCCUCCCAACGGUCCUGCUCAUGACCCUCGGCGCAGCAAUUGGCUCUGCCACACCGUCAAUUCCCGCAUGGUCAACCGGUUACAGCACAUACGGCGUCGGGGGUGUACUCGAAUCGAUGCUCUCACCCGCAGGGGGAUUCGGCAAAUUCGUCGCGGUCCUCCUCUCCUUCUCCCUCCUCGGCAACCUCGGCGCCUCAAUGUACUCUAUUACGCUGAACUUCCAGCUCCUCCUCCCCUUCUUCAUGAAAAUCCCCCGCUUCGUCUUCUCAGUAAUCUACACCGCAAUCCUAAUCCCUGUCUCUGUUGUCGCUGCGAAAUCGUUCUUCACGAACCUCGAGAACUUCCUAUAUGUCAUUGCCUACUGGUCUGCGGCAUUCGUCUCCGUCGCCCUGGUUGAACACUUCCUUUUUCGACGAGGGGAUUGUGCAUCUUACGACGCCAGCAUGGUGAACUGGGACUCGCCGAAACAUUUACCGACCGGUAUUUCCGCCAUCGGUGCAAUGGCGCUUUCGUUCGGGUUGAUUGUGCCCUGUAUGGGUCAGGAGUGGUUCACGGGCCCCAUCGCGGAGACAACGGGAGAUAUUGGCUUCGAGAUUGCGUUGGUGCUGGCUGGAUUGUUGUAUGUGCCUUUGAGAUGGGCUGAACGGCGAAUUCGAGAUGUAUAG